AUGGCUGACGUACCUGUAACGGCUGCUGCUCCGUCCUGCAGCCCGUUAAUCGCCACAGACCUUGAGCGGAAGCACGUGCAUAAGGUUUAUGACCUCAUCGCACCUCAUUUCAGUCAUACUCGACAUCAUCCAUGGCCUCAAGUGACUGAAUUUCUAGAUAAGUUGGCAUCAGAUGCACUUGUGGCUGACAUUGGCUGUGGCAAUGGCAAAUACCUUCGUGCAAACCCCUCAUUGUGUAUGAUUGGGGCUGAUCGUAGUAUCCCAUUGAUGCAUGCUGGAGCUCCGAUAGACAGCAACUUGUUGGGGUGUGAUGCACUAAAAGUGCCACUACGGACCGGAGUAUUUGAUGCAGCCCUAUCCAUUGCGGUAUUGCAUCAUGUCUCGACGGAGGCACGUCGGGUUGCACUCGUCAGUGAGUUAGCCCGCUUGGUGCGAGUUGGCGGACAGGUGAUGAUUGUAGCUUGGGCAUUCGAACAGGAUGAGAACUCAAAGCGCCGUUUUGAACAGCAGGAUGUUAUGGUGGAGUGGAAACUCCAACAGAAAUACGCCAAAGACGACGAGGAUAUCGGUACAGAAUCCCACGGGCAAAUUGAUCGCGAAAAACGGUGGGUAGUAUAUGAACGCUACUGUCAUGUUUAUCGUCGCGGCGAACUCGAGUCACUGAUGGAUCAGGUCCCAGACCUUGAACUGGUAUCGGUGGAGUACAUUCGGUCCAACUGGUGCCUUCGCUUACAGCGCAUUGCUUAG